AUGAAAGAUACAUUCUCAGAGUGCAUCCUUCAAUUUCAUUCCGAUGAAGUGGUCGCUAAUGAAUUAAAAGCAAUAUUUCAUUUGCUAAAUAUUUACAAUGACUUAAACACUAUGGCUUUAUAUUAUGUUACUUCAUCAUCAGAAUUGAAACACUUCAGAUUAUUGAUACUGAAGCCACAAGAAGUAUUGACACUCGUCAAUUAUUGA